GCCUAGAGGCCCGACCCGGAAGAGGCGGUGCUAAGGACGUCACGUGACAAACAUGGACCCUGUGCUUUACGUGGUGGCGGCGGUGCUGCUGGCGGUGCUCCUCUUCUUCGUCAGCCGCCUCCGGGGACAGGCCCGCGCCGGUGACGAGGAACACCGCCAGAAUGUGGUGGCGGCAGCAGCAGCGGCCCGACCCCAGCCAUUCAUGGGCGAGCGGGGCGAAGGGAUGCCCAGGCACCGAAGAAACAGGAUGGCCGCCCUGAGACGGACGCAGCAGGUCGAGGAAGCACCAGAAGAUGAAAACCAUGGAUCCGAACCGGCUGAACCCCAAGUUUCCGGAAAGAUUGGGGCCAAGAAACAGCGGAAGUUAGAGGAGAAGCAGGCGAAAAAAACUCAGAGAGAGGCUGAAGAGGCGGAACGGGAAGAAAGGAAGAAGAUUGAACAAAAACGGGAUGAGGAACGGCGCUUGGAAGAGGAACGGCAGCGGCAAGAGGAGGAAAGGAAGGUGAGCUGUAAGAAAUGACAUUGGAAAACCCAA